GAUAGAGGCAGAGACAGAGACAGAGGCAGAGAUAGAGAUAGAGACAGCGACAGAAGAGACAGAGACAGAAACAGAGAUAGAGACAGAAACAGAGAUAGAGACAGAAACAGAGACAGAGACAGAAACAGAGAUAGAGACAGAGACAGAGACAGAAACAGAAACAGAAACAGAGACAGAGACAGAAACAGAGAUAGAGACAGAGAUAGAGACAGAAACAGAGACAGAGACAGAAACAGAAACAGAGACAGAGACAGAAACAGAAACAGAGACAGAGAUAGAGACAGAAACAGAGACAGACAUAGAGACAGAAAC